UCACCAUUAGGCACCUUUAGGCAGAACUUACAUACGUUACUAAUAGGAGGUUGCAUUGAGAGAGCAUGGAACAGACAGUUUGUCUCCCAACGCCUCAAAGGGCACAGGUGGCUUCUUUCAAAUCCAAAUGGAGCAUCUUGCACAUUUGCGCCAUUGGUACUUUGGUGCUCUCCAUGGCUUUGCUUACAUUCUGUCUUGUUUUUCACAAGGCUAAUCAUCUCACCGUGUGUGGCUCCAAAGCAAAAUAUGAAACAGAAACAGUAACAUGGACAUGGGAAUCCAAGAUGUGCAGCCAAGACUGGAUCCAGGCAAACAACUCAACAGUGGAGAUAAACAGAACAGGUUUUUACAUGAUCCACAUCCAAGUUUCCUACCCUGGGGAUUCACGGGAUCGCCAGGGGAAAAGGUCUCAAAUUGAGCUACAAGUGCUUUGUGAUGGUGAAAAGAAAAAUAUCAAAAAAAGGGAAAUAUACUUUUCCAAUGAUAUUUCCCCUGGUGAAAAAAAAUCUGUCACCUUAGAUGUAUCUGCUCUGCUAAUGAAAGGAAACAAAAUCCAUCUUAAUAUACACGAAAACACAAACAUAAUUUUACAAGAUGAAAGUUUAACUUUCUGGGAAAUCAAUGCAAUUGUUGGCCUCGGGAUCUGGCCAUCUGGACAUUGUACAACUGAAAAAUAAACUGGUGAGCAGAAGUCAUGCAGAAAUUAUAUUUAAAAGGUGAUCCUUUGAGGGUGUUCUGCUAAGUAAGAAAUAUAACAUGCUUAAUGCUGGUGGGAGGUUUUUAACAUUUAAAAAUCCUUAAAUUUGUUACAUUAAUAUCAGGGAUAAAUACUUAAUUUUACUUGAUUUGUUAAGAUAAUUAUUGAUAAUUAAAUCAUGGAGUUGUUACUCCAGAAUUCCUUCUGUCUGCCCUCUCAGUUCCAAAAAUGUUAAUGGAGCCGGGUGCUGUAUACUCUACUGUACACAAUAAAUGGUUGCACAAACACAAAAGGAAGUGAGAGCUGAAGAAAAUCAAGUGAAGAUGUGAGAAGAGAAUAUCAUAGGAGAAAAAAGGAAACUAGGCGAAGGUAGCAAGGCUGAGAGUAAAACAGAGCUGAAUAUAAAAAUUAAAAGGUGGAGACAGAAAACUGAACUGUAUAAAUUAAGCACUAAAGCUUCAAGAAGGAGGCUAGAAAUGCUAUACAUUAUGGUUUGGGCUUAUUUAUUUGCCCAAGGCCAGGCCUGGAUUUGUGGAAAGGCC